AUUCGGCCUCAGGACAAUCGGAACAGGAGAUGGACACAGAGUCUAUAGAAGUGAAGCAAAGCAGCAUCAAGUUAAUGGACCCUGUACAGAUUACAGAGGUGGAGAUGUUUGCUGUCUUAAGGCAAAUUACCAUGGAUUAAUCCCCAGGGCCUGACAAGUUUCUCCCUAGGACUCUGCGGAAGACAAGUACAGAAAUUGUCGGGGCCCGAGCAUGGAUAUUUAAAUCAUCCUUAGUGACAGGUUAAAAAUGACAAGGAAUUUGUCUACGGGAAUCUUGACCACAACACACCAGUUUUGCUGUCUCUGUCUAGAUACUUAAGAAGUGGAGCAAGGGAUUCAAUCAACCAUCCUUCCUGCACAGACUGUGGGGAGGGAUUCACUCGAUCAUCUGACCGACUGGCACACCCGUCAUUUUACACAGGGGAGAGGCCAGUCACUUGCUCAGGCAGUGGGAAUGGAUUCACUCAGUCAUCUCAACAGAAGGUACAUCAGCAAGUUCACACUGAGCAAGGCGAUUCUUCUGUUCUGUGUGUGAGAAGAGAUUCAGUCUGUCUUCCCACCUGUGGACACACCAGUCAGUUCACACUGGGCAGAGGCUGGUCAUCUGCUGAAUUUGUGGGGAAGGAUUCACUCGGUCAUCUGACCAAAUGGCUCACCAGCGAGUUCACACCGGGGGGCAGCCGUUCACCUGCUCAGAUUGUGGGAAGGGAUUCACUCAGGCAUCUCAGCUACUAAAACACCAGUCUGUUCACACUACAGAGAGGGAUUUCACCAGCUCAGAUUGUGGGAAGAAAUUCCCUCACUCUUCCACCCUACAGAGACACCAGCGAAUUCACACUGGGGAGAAGCUGUUCACCUGCUCAGAAUGUGGAAAGGAAUUCACUCGAUCAUCCACCCUAUUGGCACACCAGUCAGUUCACAGUGGGGAGAGGCCGUUCACCUGUGAAUGUGGGAAGGGAUUCACCCAGUCAUCUCAUCUACAGAUACACCAGCGAGUUCACACUGGGGAGAGGCCAUUUAAAUGCUCAGACUGUGGGAAGGGCUUCGCUCAGUCAUCUCAUCUACAGACACACCAGCAGGUUCACACUGAGGAGAGGCCAUUCACCUGCUCAGACUGUGGGAAGGGAUUCACUCGGUCAUCUGAUCUACUGAGACACCAGCAAGUUCACACUGGGGAGAGGCCAUUCACCUGCUCAGACUGUGGGAAGGGAUUCACUCUGUCGUCCUCCCUAUUGGCACACAAAUCAGUUCACACUGGGGCGAGGAUGUUCUCCUGCUCAGACUGUGGAAAAGGAUUCACUCUGUCAUCCUCCCUUAUGCUACACCAGUCAGUUCACACUGGGGAGAGGCCGUUCACCUGCUCAGACUGUGGGAAGGGAUUCACUCAGUCAUCCAACCUACAGAGACACCAGCGAGUUCACACUGGGGAGAAGCCGUUCACCUGCUCAAACUGUGGGAAGGGAUUCACUCAGUCAUCCAACCUACAGAGACACCAGCGAGUUCACACUGGGGAGAAGCCGUUCACCUGCUCAGACUGUGGGAAGGGAUUUACUCGAUCAUCUCAUCUACUGAAACACCAGCGAGUUCACACUGGGUAGAGGCUGAUCACCUGCUCAGACAUUUGGAAGAGAUUCUCUCAGCCAUCUGCACCAAAUGUGCUUCAUUGAGUUCACACUGGGGAGAGGUCGUUCACCUGUUUUGAAUGUGGGAAGCCGACAGUGAUAAUGACCAGCACAAUCUGGCCCUUAACACCCAGAAGACCAAGGAGAUUAUUGUGGACUUCUGGCAUGCUAUGAGCCACACUCACAUCCCUAUCUGCAUCAACGGAGCUGUGGUGGAGCGUGUAUCAAGCUUCAAAUUCCUUCGUGUCCACAUUUCUGAGGAUCCCACCUGGUCGCUGAACUCCUCCAUCCGGAUCAAAAAGGCACAAGAGCGCUUUUAUUUCCUGUGGAGCAUCAAAAAGGUUCAUAUCUUCCUGCUAUACCAUUGAGAGCAUACUCACCAACUGCAUCUCAGUGUGGUAUGGCAAUUGUCCUGUGUCGGAUCGCAAAGCACUCCAGCGUGUUGUGAAAACUACCCAGCGGAUUAUUGGCACCUGAUUGCCCACCAUUGGGAACAUCUACCAUAAAGGCUAACUGGGCAGAGCGAAAAGCAUUAUCAAGGAUGCAUCUCACCCUAACCAUGGACUUUUUACUCUCCUCCCAUCCAGUAGGCACUACAGGAGCCUCCGCUCCCGCACCAGCAGGCACAAGAAGAGCUUCUUCCCUGAGGCUGUGAACCGGCUGAACCUCACAUCACAGCGCUAAGCAGUAUUGCACCCAUAUUGUGCUGUCUCAGUACUUUUAUAUUUGUGUGCUGUAGCACUUACUUUUUAUUUGCAGUUAUUUUAUAAACAACACUGUUCUUUGCAUUUCUGGACAGAUGCUAACUGCAUUUCAUUGGCUUUGUAUCUGUAUUCGACACAAUGACAAUAAAGUUGAAUCUAAUCUAUCUAAUCUAAUCUACUCAGUAUUCUAACCUUGUGACACACUACCAGGUUCACACUGGGGAGAAAUUUCAAUAAGCUGCAUGCUGGAUAUUUGUCCAUCACUGUUGCUGAAUCCAAUUCCGAGAGUGACUGUCGGUGCUGAACUCUGCAAUUAUUGCUGCUGCUCACCACACCCAGUUCUGCACCCUGGUCACUGGGCAUGGGAGGAAUUUCUUCUGCUGCAUAUUCACCUUUAAUGGGACUGGAGUUUAAUAUUCUGGAUCUGUGACAAAUAAAUCAGUUCU